AUGCUUCAUGCAGUGCAACAAGUUAUCAACGAUACUGACGUCACAGCUAUUAUGAUGGGUACAACACAUUUUAUUAAUGCCUUACUUCAGCGACGAGGAUUGGCGAAAGUAUGCAUAAUACGUCUCUGUGGACCAGCAACGUAUGCUAUCCCACCUAUGGCUAAUUGGCCACAAGAUUUAAAAGAUACAGUAGAUGGUUUAACAGCUUUUGUCUCUGGAGGUUAUUUUUUCGAUGGAUCUGAAAUUAGUCCAUUGGAUGAAGAAGAAAUUCGCUCGACAGUUCGUCGUGCUCUUGCUUUGAAUAUUUGUACGUUUUGCGUCUGUGGAGUCUUCUCACCAUGUCGAAUAGAUCAAGAAGAACGUGUAGGUGAGAUUAUUCGUGAAGAAUCAGCUAUUGCAUACAUCACUCUUUCGCAUGAAAUUGCGGGUCUUGGCUUAUCUGAACGUGAAAAUGCUUCGAUACUCAAUGCUUGUCUUCGUCCAUUGGCUACACGAACAAUUGGAGCAUUGCAAGAUGCUCUUCCUUCAGGUGUUCCUUUCUUUCUUACGAAAAAUACAGGCACAUUGUUAUCCGCAGAAGAUUCCACUCGUUGGCCUGUUUUUACCUUUGCCAGUGGUCCAAUCAAUUCCAUGAUCGGUGCUGCAUAUCUUAGUGGUAUCAAUAAUGGAAUUGUCAUCGAUAUCGGAGGAACAUCGUUUGACAUUGGAGUUAUUGCAGAUGGAAGACCGAGACAAACACAUGCAAAUAUGAGAUUGAUCGAUGAUAUUCUAGUAAACGUCACUGUGCCUGAUACUCUUUCUCUACCAUUGGGUGGUGGUACAGUAAUACACAUUAAUGAGAAAGAUGAAUAUAUACAAGUCGGACCAGAUAGUGUGGGUUAUCGACUCGAGCAAGAAGCAUUAGCUUUUGGUGGUCAAACGGUCACUGGUACUGAUAUUGCUUUAGCUGCUGGAUUAGCUACAGGAAUUGGUCAUUGUCCUGUCAAACUUUCUGCAUCGAUUGUUGAACAAGUACUUGAUUAUAUGAAACAAACAAUGAUACGAAGUAUCGAUCGUAUGAAAACGAAUUCAGAACCAGUUUCUGUUAUCUUAUGUGGUGGAGGAUCAAUUCUGAUUGAUAUUAAUCAAUCAUUUCCGGGUGUUACAAAGAUGAUACGUCCAGAUCAUUUUGCUGUUUGUAAUGCCGUUGGUGCUGCUCUUUGUUCAGUGAGUGCGACUAUCGACUCAAUAGUCGAUCUACUUCCAUCAUCUGUAGAUGGUGGUGAACAACGCAAACGUGAACUCGAUCGUUUAAUUCUUCAAGCUCAUGAGCGAUGUAAACAAAAUGGAGCUCGUUCAGACACAAUUCAUUUGACAGACAUGGAACAAGUACCUUUAGCUUAUCAUCCUGGUGGACAUAAACAUCGGGUUCAAAUAACAGCCAUUGGACAACUUGAUCUAAAUAAAUUCGGAAGAAAUGAACAAGAGAAACGCGGUCAAAAAUCGAAUUUGGAAAUAAAAAAGGAAACAGGGAUAGAUAUAAAACCACCCAUUCAUAUUGACUUAACAAAGAAACAACCUAUAUUUGAUGAAAAUGGAGUUUGGUGUAUUGAUGCGAUCGAUAUUGAAUACAUUGCCUAUGGAACAGGAAUUCUUGGUACUGGUGGUGGUGGUGAAUCAUAUCAUUGCAAACUUUGGUGUCUUGAAGUUCUUCGAGAAGGCAAAUACAAGAUGCGCGUCGUACCUCCUUCUUUCUUUUCUUCUGCUUCGAACUUGAUAGCCGAUGUUGGUUUUAUGGGUGCACCUACUGUUUCUCAUGAAUUGUUAUCAAAUGGACGUGAAUGUUUAGAAGCUGUCAAUGCUAUUGAAAAGUAUCUGUCGAAAAAAAUCGAUGCUGUCUAUACUGGAGAAAUCGGUGGUUCCAAUGGUCUUAUGGGUCUACUCGUAGCAGCAAGAAAACAAGUGCCUUGUAUCGAUUGUGAUGGAUUAGGCAGAGCAUUUCCCUGUCUAGACCAUAGUUUAUGUUUUAUUCACGGUCUUCCUCCAACACCUGCUUGUUUAUGUGACAUUCGAGGUGAAACAGUCAUGUGUACUAAUGACAUAGUUUCUACUGCAAAAGAAUUAGAAGAUAUAUUUAGAAAAGAGUGUACUGCACGAGGUCUUUUUACUGGAGUUUGUCUGCCUCCAUUAACUGGUGAACAAUUACAAAAACAUACGUUACUUCAUAGUCUUUCUCGAGCAUGGUUUCUCGGUGAAGCUAAAUUCAACCAUCGUAACGAUGCUAUUCAAGCUGUGGCUCAUGCUGGUCAUGGUCGUGUACUUGUUUCUGAUGGCAAAGUGAUCAAUGUCGAACGAAAUACAACUGGUGGCUUUGCUCGAGGUCAUGUUUCUAUUGAAACAGCAGGAAGAAUUUUGAUUAUAGAAUUUCAAAAUGAAAAUCUUGUGGCUCGUUUUGAUGAUGGAGAAAUUAUAGCAAGUGUUCCAGAUUUAAUCACACUUGUUGAACAGGAUUCUGCUGAACCACUUGCGACUGAAAUCAUCAAAUAUGGUUAUCGUGUUUCCGUACUUGUUCUUCCGACACCUGAACCAUUAACGACACCGCUUGCUCUUCAACAUCUCGGUUUAAAAGCGUUUGGUUAUGAUUUUCCUCAUUACGAAUAUAUACCAUCUCAUACACCAAUCAAAUCUGUUUGGGAUGUUUUCUAUAAUAAACAGACUCAUUCUCAGCAGUAA